UUUGAAUGAAAAAAAAAUACAUGUUUAUUGUGGGGAGUGAAAAUCAGGGAGCCAUUUGUUUUGCACACUGUGUUAUAUAAUAGAAGACUACAGUUUUUUUAUUAUGUCUCAGCAUACAAAUUUGAUUUCUAAACUUAAUGCACCAGAGCAAAUACAUGUUACCAUGUUACAUUUGUAUCAAAUUAUUUUUUAAGAAGAGAAACCCACAGGUUAACAGUGAGAAAUUGGGAGGGGCAAAAAAACGAAGACACUUUUCUCUUUCCCGAGAAGACUCAGAAUCAUAACUCAAACCACUCUGUGAAAUAAAUCUUUUGUACUUUUUUGUAUGAAUAACUGGAAAUGCAACAGUUUGAAGUGUAAAAGCAUCCUAGCACUCAGCUAAACUUUGCCUCUUCAAGAUACAUUAUUUUUACUUAAUUGUUUUAGUAAUACCACAACACAGCUGCAGAUGUACUGUAGCCAGCUAUACUUUUGUGUAUUACCCAAGGAUGCAGUCCAGGUUUAGAAUACCAAAUUGUGACAGUAGUCUGGGACCUGGCAAGUUGCUGAAAUGGACAGUAAAUUGUGAUUUCUUAACUCGUAGGUGAAAGAGUGUGUUUCAGAAAAUUUUGUGCAUGCUGUUGUCUUAAUACUGUGAAGAAAACAAAUCCGUGUCUUUAGUGAAUGCCUGCCACCAGGUUAAUAACAUACAUCUUGAGAGGUAGUUAUCCUUACAUUUGUUCACAGGCUUCCUGUGCCCCCUUUUUUGCUUGUCUGCAGCCUUUAAAUAUUUUCCUUGGAAUUUAACAAAUCAAGAAUGUUAGCAAGAGUGAGUACGUCUUUCAUCAUCCCAUGUAUCACAGCGGUAUUAUUUUGUCAUAUUGUUUUCUCAUUUAUGGUAUUCAGUGAUUCCUAAGUACCGUUAUAGUAAGAACAGACUUGAUGUUAGUGGGAGGAUAGAGUGUUAUAGGAAUUAUAUAAGAAGAUCAGAUUUACCAGGAAUGCAGUUUGAAAUGCCCUUCAGCCUUUCGGCUUUUCUUGUGACUGGACUGUUUGAAUUGUCCUUGAGCAAUUCUGCUUCUCUUGCGACUGGAACUUUUUAUACAAACUGAGUGGUUUGUUUUGUCACUCUUAAGUGAGUUUAUUCCUCCUGUGAUGUGUUAAAAUGCCAUCUGCAGUACAAGACUGACUUGAAAAAUUGUGGUCAGAAAGUUUCUAGAAGUUGCAAUUGCAUUUGUGUUGAAUAAUGAAGAAUGUGUGCAUAAAUCACAACUUCUCAUAUCUCAGGACAGUGCUGCAGAGCCAGCAGCCUUCUCAAAGCUGGAUCCUGUUUUUUGUCCGUGUACGCAUUUUGCAGUGUUUUUUUCACCUUGUCUCCUUCAGAAGGCUUGUCACUUGAAUAGCAGUGCUACAAUUAUGCUCAGCCUGUAAGUAGAGUGGAUCUUUUGGUUUUGAAAACCAUUCUCAAACAAAAAGCUUCAGUUAAUAUUUACAUGUGCCACUCCUAUUUUGAGGUGAUUGUACUAGAUUUUACAGUAUCUCACCAAACCUUAUUGUCACAGGUAGGUGAAAAGUGGAAGGGGGGGUGUGAUUGUGUCUUUUCAAAUCAUUAGGUUGACAUAACUGAAAAGCGUUUGUGCUUGCCACAGCUUCCUCUGAGCAAAUGCCAGUUUCCUACUUCAGCUGCUAGCAGCAGAACCCAAAACAAAUCAGGUGUCUGGGACCACGAUCAUGGUAGUGAAGAUGAGCUCAUACCUGGAUAAUUCACAGGCAAGUCACUUGUACGCAGAGAGUUGCAACAAAACGCUUUGAACAAUUAAGUUUAAAGGAAAUUCCUGCAGCAGACAGUAUAUGUGUACGUAACGGGGAAGAAGUUAAUGUUUUUCAGUAAUAUUUUAUUUACUGCAUCUUGACUUUUCUGGUUACAAAAGCACUCGAGACGGAAGGACGGCAGGGAAGUGGGGCGGUGUCCGCACUGAUGGCCCGACCCGCCCGCCGUCAGGGCAGCGCCGUGGGCGGGGCCGCGGCGGCCAAUGAAUGGCGGCCGUGGGAGUUUUUAAUUGCGAGGCCGUCACGCCAAGCUUCAUCCAUCGGAUCCCAUUGGAGCUCCGUCUCUUCUCCUGCCGUUCGUCUUCCCGAUCCUGCCGGGGCUCUGCCUGUCUCUCUGGUCCCGCUGAGCCCCGUCCGUGCGGUCCCUCUGCUCCGCCAUGGCCACAAGGGCCACCCGGGUGGACUCCAAACAAGACAUUCUUGCCAAGUACCUGAUGGAGUUGUGCAUUGGAUGGAGUUGUGCAUAUGAUAUGGAUCACUUCCCUCCAUCCAGGAUUGCAGCAGCUGUUUUCUAUUUGCUUCUGAAACUCCUCAAUGGAUGCGAGUUGUUACUGUUUCUGCAGCGCUACAUGUUUUACACUGAGGGUGACCUUCUACCAAUUAUGCAGCAUAUGGCAAAGAAUGUAGUCCUUGUAAAUAAGGAUGUUGCCACCAGAAGCCUGCGGGACCAGAUGAAGCAGCUGCUCAUGGAGUACAGCGCGGCCGUUCGUGGCGGUGAAACAACUUUCCUCGAUCACGUUGUUGAGGAAAACCAUAUUCAAGGUGUCACAGAAGAUUUGCAAACAAAUAAAGAGGAAAUAGAAGUCUCUUUCUGGAACAAGACAUUGGCCUUGCAAAGGAUCCAGCUUAUGGCUGCCCUAAGAAACAAAAUGAAUCAAGAUGAUAAAGACUCAUGUCUGAUCCUGGAAACAGUGAAUCGCAUAGUGUUGCUCAGCCGGACAAUAAUCAAAUAUCAGCAGCUAGCACAUGAGAAGAAACAGAAGUUGAUUGACAUUAAAAGGAAAAGACUCUCACUAAAAAAAGACCAAAGAAGAAAACUACAGCAAAUUCAGACUAUGAAGAAAAAACAAAAGAAGGAAAAAGGAAAUAAGAACCUGGACGAAGCAAAGAUCCUUCAGAACUUAGAAAAAGAAAGAUUGAUGACUACAGUAAUUCAAAAUGUGUUUCAGAAUAUCAUAAUUGGAAGCGGAGUUAACUGGGCAGAAGAUCCGUCUUUAAAGGCGAUUGUUCUACAGCUUGAAAAAAAUGUCCAUGUUCCAUGAAUCAGAAGAAAUGGUGUUUAAUUUUAUUUGCAUUUUAAUAUAUUAAUUAAUAUUUUAAACAUAUAUAAUUUUUAACACACAUCAAUAAUUUUUCAGUUUAACCUUUCAGAAAGUUGUUUUUCUCUCUAGAGACUCAUAAUGUGUCCACGCAACUCUGUGAAGUGAAAUUAAAUUUCUGACACAGAACAAAUGUUUGAAUGGGUAAUGCAACUGAUGAAGUGAAACUACCUGAAGAGCCACUUCAUAGCUGUCCUGUCCAAAAACCUCAUCUCUCUCUGAAAGACAGCAGUAAUGUAAGAAAGAUGAAUAAUCUGUGUAUUUCAAGCUUUUACAUAAAAGUGGACUUAAACCAAGGCUCUGCUGUCCUCUUUUCCUGGGGACGAGCAGGCUGCAGAGCUCGGACAUGGUACUUGACUCUGCUCUGUCCCAGUGGAAAGCCCAAGAUGGAAAUACUUUUUAGCAAGUUUUUACAAUUGGGAUUUUUUUGCUAUUAAAGCACUUCAUAUAAUUUGAAACAGCAGAAUUUUUAUACUCUUAGUUCUUCUAACAGCCACUUGUGUCUGAAGUGGUGACUUCAUGCUAUCGACCGUGCAGCUAAGCAGUGUUUUAUCUACGUAUUUUCACCAGCAUUUGCUUUCUUUUUUUGUUUAUAUGAUGUUCAAAUGAAAUUGAAGCUUAGGGUGUAUAGCAUGUUUCGAGACAUGUCCUGUCUCUUUCUAUCUUAGGCUAUAUUGUCAUUUUUAACUUGGAUUUUAACUAGCAAUUUUUUUUGGUGGGCUUUGAUCGAAUAAUAAAAAUAAACCGCUGAUUUUACUCAAAA